AUGGCCUCCUUCGCAACCGCCGCCGAGGACCGCAAGGGCAAGCGCCCCAUGGCGCCGGAGGAGGAGGAGGAGGAGGCGGCGGCGGCGUUCCAGGCCGUGGAGGAGGAGGAGGUGCAGAAGCUGCUGCUGGUGUCGGACGACGGCGUGGAGUUCCGCGUCCCGGCGGCCUCGGCGCGGCUGUCGAAGAUUCUCAGCGGCAUGAUCGAGGAAGGCUGCGCCGACGGCCGCAUCCCCGUCUCGGGCGUCCACUCCGACGUGCUCGCGAUGCUCGUCGAGUACUGCGACAAGCACGCGCCGCACUACGACCCCAACGCCUCCGCGCGCCACCGGUACCCCUUCCCUCCCUUCCCCGUCGACCUGUCCCCCUCCGCCUCCUCCAUCAGCCCCGUCACCUUCAUCAACCCCAACGCCGACCCCCACGGCCUCAACGCGUUCGACAAGAAGUUCCUCGACGUCGACAACUCCACCCUCUUCGAGAUCAUCAUGGCUGCGGACUUCCUGGUUAUCGAGGACCUGCUGGAUGACGCAUGCAACGCGGUGGCGGACAAGAUGAGGAGGAAGACGGCGGAGGAGAUCCGCGACGUCUUCGACAUCGAGAACGACUACACCCCGGAGCAGGAGGCGGAGGUCAGGAGGGAGAACGCCUGGGCCUUCGAGGACUGAAGGGACAAGGCUUGGUUCUGAUUAGAAGAUAUGCUGCCCUCGACAGAUGAGUUCUGAAGACUGAAAAAACUUCCAUAGUGAUAAUGCUAGUGUAAAAUGAGGCAUUGAGCGGUGAAAAAUUUUGCUGUGAGUUGUGGUGGAUGUUUUGUUUGAGGUGGUUGAUAUCAGCACAAAACCACAAACUGGUGUGCUGCAUCACUGCACAUUGUGUUCAGUUAGAUAGAGUGAUCAGUCUGCUUAUUUCUUAUCUUGCAAGUAAAUCAGUCUGCUUAUGUCUUAGCUUGUUUGUGCUUGGAUGCUU